AUGAAUCUGGAGAGGCGAUGUGUCAUAGCGGAGCCCCACAACACGUCGCUGGUCGGCACCACAAAUUCGCGUGGAUAUAUUUCGGUCCAGCCUGCAUCGGGCGCCACUCGUAUAGAACGACCGAGCUAUUUAUUCGAGGCGUGCCUCAUGUUAGGCGCAUGCUCAACUGGAGGGGUGUCCUUCAACGCGUCUCCGGGCGCAUGGCAUGCACCGCAGACGAAGAUAAGGCGGGUCAGGCAGCAGGAAGCGGCGGCAUCAAACGCGCCACGUAAAGAUAACGGGCAUUGGGAAAUCGUUUACGUUGGACGCCAAAUGUCGGUCUGGCGUUGCGCCGCAGUUGAACGAUCGCGUUAUUUAACUGGCUGGUGGCCUCUUUUG